GCCAGUUGCUUAUCACAAGGCUAGAAGUGAAAAUUACAAUCUGCAAAUGCCUGAUAUUUAAUAGGGAUUUGAAUCAACUACAAGGGAAUGCAAAAUACACACAAGUUAGUCAAAAUACAUUGUACAAAAUUCUCAGGAUUGCUAAAAAUAUUUAAAAAUAAAAUAAAUCUUUAAAAUAAAAACCUGUGCAGCAAAGACCUGCCGUUUUGUCCUUACUCAGCCUACAAGUGGUAUUAACACAGUCAGUAAGGCUCUGGGGAGCCCAGAAACGCUCUCCAUCCAGUGCCACUAGACUGAGAUGGGCUUCAGCCUCUCUAGCUUUGUGUGGGAUCCGCCAAGGUGGAGUCCGUUUCCAGUCUGCACUUCCGGGCCUCGCUCUUGCUGAUCAGUCAGUGACCUCAUCACUCCUAAACCCCGCAGAAUCGGACAUGCUGGACCGGGUCUCCAGAACGGGAACCCGGAGACCCCGGAACGGUACGCUGAGGAACCCGCGAGCCCGGACACGCCGGAAUGGGACACCGCGGACACAACUGGUUCCGGAAUCCGGACAUGGAGCUGCUCUCAUUCGAGGAUGUGUCCAUUGACUUCUCCCCAGAGGAGCGGGAAUGCCUAGACCCUGCUCGGUGGAAUUUGUAUAGGGGUGUGAUGUUGGAGAAUUACAGGAACCUUGUCUCCCUGGGUCUCGCUGUGUGUAAGCCUUACCUGGUCUCAUCGCUGGAGCAGAGACAGGCGCCUUGGAAUGUGAAGAUACAAGAGCCAGGAACCAUGUGCCCAGAAAAUCUGUGCGACUGUAAUGACUCCACAAAAGCCUUUGAUCAUGCAGAAUGUACCAUCCGUCAGUGUGCGCACAGUGGAGAGGAGCCAUUGAGACAUGAAGAACAUGGCAAAGCUUUCGUUGAUGAUUCUGCUUCUGAUUGUCAUUUGCCCUACAAAUGUAAAGACUGUGGCAAAGCCUUUAAAUACCGCUCCAUCCUCUCCCAACACCAUGUCAUUCAUACUGCUGCAAGGCCCUACCAAUGUCAGGAGUGUGGCAAAGCCUUCAAAAGAAGUAGGAACCUCACACAACACCAGAUGACUCAUAAGAGGGAAAAACCAUACAAAUGUGAAGACUGUGGCAAAGCCUUCACUACACAUUCCGUACUUUCUCAACACCAAAUCAGUCACACUGGAGAGAAACCCUACAAAUGUAAAGACUGUGGCAGAUCCUUUAAAUAUAAUUCAACCCUCACUCAGCAUGAAGUCAUUCAUACUGAAGCAAAGCCCUACAGAUGUCAGGAAUGUGGCAAAGCCUUCAAGAGAAGGCACACCCUUAGUCAACAUCAGAUAAUUCAUAAAGGAGAGAAACCGCACGAGUGUAAGGAAUGUGGCAAGACCUUUAGUAAACAUUCAUCUCUUACCCAACACCAGGUCAUUCACACUGGCGAGAAACCCUAUAAAUGUAAAGAAUGUGGGAAAGCCUUCAGAUAUCAGUCAACCCUGACUCGACACCAAAUUGUUCAUACUGGGGCAAAGCCCUACAAAUGUCAGGAAUGCGGCAAAGCCUUCAAUAAUAGCUCAACUCUCAGUCGACACCAGAUAAUCCACACAGGAGAGAAACCCUACAAAUGUCAAGAGUGUGGCAAAGCCUUUUACUGUUCUUCAUUUUUGAUCCAGCAUAUGAAAAUUCAUUUUGAAGAGAUGCCCUAUAGAUGCAAAGAGUGUGGUAAACCCUUUAGGCUUUCCUCACAGCUGAUUCGACACCAGAGAAUCCAUACUGGAGAGGAGCCUUAUCUAUGUAAAGAGUGUGGCAAAACCUUCAAAUACCACUCAAACCUGACUCGACACCAAAUACUUCAUACUGGAGCGAAACCCUACAAAUGUCAGGAAUGUGGCAAAGCCUUCAAUAAUAGCUCAACACUUACUCGACACCAGAUAAUCCACACAGGAGAGAAAUCCUACAAAUGUCAAGAGUGUGGCAAAGCCUUUUACUGUUCCUCAUACUUGAUCCAGCAUAUGAAAAUUCAUUUCGAAGAGAUUCCCUAUAGAUGCAAAGAGUGUGGUAAAUCCUUCAAAUGUUCUUCGCAGCUUGUUCGACACCAGAGAAUUCACAGUGGAGAGAAACCCUACAUAUGUAAAGAAUGUGGCAAAGCCUUCAACUGUACUUCAUACCUUACUAAGCAUCAGAGAGUUCAUACUGGAGAGAAGCCCUACGUGUGUAAAGAGUGUGGCAAAGCCUUUAAUUGUUCGUCCUAUCUUUCUAAACACCACAGAAUUCAUGUUGGCGACAGACUGUAUAAAUGCAGAGAAUGUGGCAAAGCCUACUACUUUUCUUCACAGCUUAACCGACAUCAGAGAAUCCAUACGGGAGAGAAACCCUACAUAUGUCAAGAGUGUGGCAAAGCCUUCAACUGUUCCUCAUAUCUCAAUAAGCAUCAGGGAGUCCAUGUUGUAGAAAAGCCCUAUGUGUGUAAGGAGUGUGGCAAGGCUUUUAACUGUGCUGCAUACCUUACUAAGCACCAGAGGAUUCAUACCGGAGAUAGAGUUUACAGAUGUAAGGAGUGUGGCAAAGCCUAUUACUUUUCCUUCCAGCUCAAUCGGCACCAGAGAAUCCAUACCCGAGAGAAAUCCCAUCGCUGUAGGGAGUGCGGCAAAGCCUUUAUUACUUCUUCCAGCCUGAAACGGCACCAGGAAACUCAUGUUAGCGAAACCCAGCAGUGUAUAGAAUUUGGCGAAGCCUCAAUAGUAAGAAUUUGUCAGUAGGUGUUUCAUAAAGGGGAAGCACCCCACAUAUACAGUUCAGGACUUGAAUAACUGCAGGGUCACUAGCUCACACCAAAAGGCUCAUACGUGAGGGAGACACUCCAAGUGUGAAGUGUGCCGAAACCUGUAACAGGUGUGUAGCAGCUACUCUGUACUAAACAGUCCACAGAGGAGAGCAGCUUACAGACGCCAUAAUAUGGCCUGGCCUUGAGUCUCAGCAGAAAAUUCAUAUUGAAAAGAGCGCUGUCCUAUGUGUAGCCCUCAGAGGAGUCUAGUGCUGUCCUGGAAAUCCCCUCACUAAAUAAAAAUAUUAACAACACUUUCUCUAAUACCUCAGAUGGAUUUUUAGAAGACAGCCCAUACCUCAAGAAAUCUUGAUGUAUGUAAAGAGUUAGCACAGGACAGAAAUCUUAAGAGUAUGUGGAAUGUGGCAAAAUUUUGGACUUCUGCUUAUCAUUAACCAAUGGGGUGGAAAGAAAUACGCCACAGGUGUCACAGUUAUUUGACCUCAUCUCUGAAAAGAUGGAGUUUGUCAUACAUCCAAAUCUACUGAAUAACUUCACUGUUAAAAACUGUGCAAAGCUCGGCCGUGGGCCAUUUUAGCCUGCUUUCUGAGAAGUUUUUAACUUUUCUCCAGAGAGCAUAAAAUAGAUUUUGAAAAACUGUGUAUUAUGUACAAACUUUAUUCGAGUGCACACAUGGAGCGCAUCGGUCUUGUCAUCUCUAAUACGUAUGCUUGGCAUCUUAUUUUGUCACCGAGAUUAGACCGCCUUAUUGGAGUAUUACGUAACAAAUCUUAGUGGUAUUUUGUUGAGGAAUAGUGAAAGGCUGGUAAUCCCUGUUCUCAGUGUCCUUAUCCUUCAAACCUAUGUAUAAAUUUGAAGAUUCUCCUUUAAUCCGUUCUUUUUGCACUUACCCAGAAAUUAUGUGGGAUAUGUUAUAGCUUUCUGAAUUGUAAGUUAUUUAUAUUGUUUUUAUCAUAUGGGUUUUAUUCACACAUCACCCCUUAGUUGUACAAAGGACACAGAAGUGUUGGUAUUCAUUGGUGUUGAUGGCAACAUACAAAUCACAAUCUAAUGAUAAGCUUUAGGAGUAGCACUACAGAAAUACCAUAUGUUUGUGGGCAGUAAUUAAGAAUAAAAGGAAAUUAUAAAGAAGUUAUAAAGUCUUGAAUGGCCAAUAGUGAGGCAGGAGCAAGGAUAGGCAGGGCUGGCAGGCAGAGAGAAUAAAUAGGAGAACCAAGGGACAGUGGGGAAUGAGAACAAGGAGAAGUAGACAUCAGGGGCCAGCCACCCAGCUACACUGCCACUGAGCUACACAGCAAGCCACAGAGAAGAAGUAAAGAAAGGUAUACAGAAAUAGAGAAAGAUAAAAACCCACAGGCAAAGGGUAGUCAGGAUAAUUUAAGAAAAGCUAUCAAGAAACAAAACAAACUAAGGUUGGACAUUUAUAAGUAAGAAUAAGCCUCCAUGUAUGGUUUAUUUGGGAGCUGGAUGGUGGGUCCCCCAAAAACCAAAUUAGUAAAACAUCACACAACAAAGCUGGCAGACUAUAACAAAACCAAGGGUGCUUUUGGGAGGAGUAAUGUAUCCUGCCUGAUAGGGAGAAUGAGACAAUCAAAGUGUGCAUGCGUGCAUGUAUGUGUGCAUGAAGCCUGAAGGUGCCAAAUGUGUGAAUAAUAAAACCUCAGAGAAAUUGGGGUUCAACAUGAAGACCUGCAAAGACUUUGCAAAGCAAAGCAGCCAAUCACUGGCUCUUACCUCCACCUCAGUCCAGAAUGGCAAUCCUGCCUCCAGGAAUCCUCAGAAUGAGACUGUCUGAGAACUGUCUCCUCCCAUCUUAUAUUCCUCUCUAGGGCUGGGAUUAAAGGCGUGCACAACUACCACCUGCGUUUUAUGGCAAACUAUCAUGACUACUGGGAUUAAAGGUGUGUGUCAUUGCCUGGUUUGUAAGGCUGAUGAGUGGGACUGUUUUACCCUCUGAUCUUCAGGUAAGCUUUAUUUAUUAAAAUACAAAUGAAGUAUUUUAAUAAAUAAAUACAUGUGUGUGUGAAUAGUGUAUGUGUGUAUUGUGUGUGUG